UCUGUCAGGUGUAUGUCAGGGUUGUGCUCAGAGAUCAUCUUGCCCUAACUUUAAUACGAGGCCUGCACAGUUUGGAGCAUCUCUUGAGAUUGGCAUCGAGAACUCACUGAUGCACCAUGGAGCAUACAUUCAAAGCCGUCUCAAACACUCCAGGCAUUCUCAUUUGGAGAAUUGAGAAAAUGGAUUUGGUUCUAGUUCGGGAGAAAUCUUAUGGGAACUUUUAUGAGGGUGACUGCUACGUUCUGCUCUCUACAAAGAAGGUGGGCUCAACUCUGUCCUAUAACAUUCACUACUGGAUUGGCUCUCAGUCCACUCAGGAUGAACAGGGAGCUGCUGCUGUCUACACCAUCCAGCUGGACGACUUCCUGGGCCAGACGCCAGUCCAGCACCGUGAAGUCCAGCACCAUGAGUCAAGCACAUUCUGCGGAUACUUUAAACAGGGCAUCAUUUACAAGCAGGGAGGAGUCGCAUCAGGAAUGAGACACGUAGAAACGAACUGCUAUGACAUUCGAAGGCUGCUCCAUGUGAAAGGACAGAGGAAGGUGACCGCCAAAGAGGUGGAGAUGAGUUGGAAGAGCUUUAAUCUUGGAGAUGUUUUUCUGCUGGACCUUGGAAAGACCAUUAUCCAGUGGAACGGACCUGACAGUAACAAACAGGAACGACUAAAGGGGAUGCUGCUGGCGAAAGACAUUCGUGACCGUGAGAGAGGAGGGAGAGCUGAGAUUGGGGUAAUUGAGGGCGACGCUGAAAAGAAUUCCCCUCACUUAAUGGAAGCUCUGACCAGUAUCCUUGGUGAGCGGCCUGCUACACUGCCCAGCGGGACACCGGACGAGAUCGCUGACCAGGAACAGAUGGGCCAGGUUAUUCUCUACCAUGUGUCCGAUGCUGAUGGAGAAAUGAAGGUCAGAGAGGUUGCUGCCAGACCACUGGUCAAAGAUCUGCUGAACCAUGAUGACUGCUACAUCCUGGACCAGGGUGGAGUGAAGCUAUUUGUGUGGAAGGGAAAAAGAGCCAACAAGGCUGAGAAGCAGGCGGCUAUGUCCAGAGCUCUGGAGUUCAUUAAACUGAAGAGUUAUCCUCACACCACUAACGUGGAAGCUGUGAAUGACGGCGCAGAGUCGGCACUUUUUAAACAGAUGUUCCAGAGCUGGACAGUCAGAGAUCAGACAGUAGGACUGGGUCGCACCCACACUGUGGGCAAAAUCGCUAAAGUCUCUCAGGAGAAGUUUGAUGCCAGUACAAUGCACGUGAUGCCAGAAGUUGCGGCUCAGGAGCGCAUGGUGGACGAUGGCAGUGGGCAGGUGCAGGUGUGGAGGAUUGAAAAUCUGGAGCUGGCUGCAGUAGACCCAAAAACAUAUGGAUACUUCUAUGGAGGCGACUGUUACCUUGUACUCUACACCUACGAGGUCCACGGCAAGAAGAACUACAUCCUGUACAUGUGGCAGGGUCGUCAUGCCUCUCAGGACGAGCUGGCAGCGUGUGCAUUUCAGGCAGUGCAUCUUGACCAGCAGUAUAGUGGGCAGCCUGUUCAAGUGAGGGUCACAAUGGGCAAAGAACCACGUCAUUUCAUGGCCAUGUUCAAGGGCAGGCUGGUUGUUUUUGAGGGUGGUACGUCUAGAAAAGGGGGCUCGGACCCAGAACCACCCGUCCGUCUCUUUCAGGUCAGCGGCUCAGACUCAUCUAACACUAAAGCUAUCGAGGUUCCAGCUCUGGCGGCUUCACUCAACUCCAAUGAUGUAUUCCUGUUGAAGAGCCAGGGUGCCAUCUACCUGUGGUACGGCAAGGGUUCAAGUGGAGAUGAGAGGGCCAUGGCUAAAGAGGUCAGCGCUGUUCUUGGUAAGGACUCCUUCUCUGCGGAGAUCAUGGCAGAGGGUCAGGAACCCAUGGAAUUCUGGAGUCUUCUAGGUGGAAAGGCUCCAUAUGCGAAUGACAAAAAGUUACAGCAGGUCACUCUGGACUAUCAGCCGCGCCUUUUCGAGUGCUCCAAUAAAACGGGCCGGUUCAUCGUCACAGAGGUGACCCAGUUCAAUCAGGAUGACCUCAGCGAGGAUGAUGUAAUGCUUUUGGACACAUGGGAUCAGAUAUUCCUCUGGAUCGGAAAUCAGGCAAAUGAAGUGGAGCGUCAGGAAUCUGUGGUCACAUGUCAAGAAUACCUGCGGACCCACCCUGGAGCACGUGACUGCGACACACCCAUCCUGCUGGUAAAACAGGGCUUCGAGCCCCCAACAUUCACUGGAUGGUUCACCGCAUGGGACCCCACCAAAUGGAGCAGUGGAAAGACCUACGAGCAGCUGAAGGAGGAGCUGGGAGAAGUUACCUCCUUGGCAAAAGUCACACCGGAGAUGAAUGCCAAGCAAUCAAAUGCGGAGAACAAGACUUAUGAGCUUCAUCCUCCUGAGAAGCUGAUUAACCAAACUGCAGAUGAACUGCCAGGAGGUGUUAACCCUAAAGAGAGGGAGAAACAUCUCUCAGAUGCAGACUUCCUUGCCGUGUUUGGAAUGUCCAAAGAUGAGUUCUUCAGUCUGCCACAGUGGAAACAGUGGAACGUCAAGAAGAAGCAUGGCUUGUUUUGAAAUCACUCUCAAAACAGAAACUAUUAUGAACUCAUCUGUUUGUUACAUUGAAAAAAAGUGACGCAUUACAUUUGAAUGUGCAUCAUUUCCACAAAACAUACAUCAGCAGGUUUACUGUGAAAUUGAUUAACUGACAGACCACACUGUGCUGAUAUAUAUAUAUAACAUAAAUAAUAUAAUGAUAUAUAUUUUACUGCAUCAGGUAAAUUCAAUGUGUUACUUUUUUAGUGCACAUUUUACACAACUAGUCUGUUUUUGUUUUUUGAGAGCAUAAAACCAUACAGAAAGGAAACAAAUUCAGACACUUUUUUGUUGUUUAAUGAACUUCCAGCGCAUUUAUUCACUACAAAUUCACACACACCUUUUUUGACUUUGAAGUUAUAAAUAUGAAGAGAAAAAAUAAACUCAUAAGCAAAAACACUGA